UCGCUGUCAGUCAGAAAAGAUCUUGUGGGCCGUUCAAAGCCGCCGGAUAAGGCAUACUCGCGCCGCAGCCCGUGGGCACAGCUCGUGACGUGUAUUGCAGUGUUACGAAAGUAUCUUGCGUAUAGCGUAUUUCCAGGCGUGCGUUACUUGUCGCGGGUGGCCCUCGGAGAUACCAAAGCGACGUUCAAAAACUUCGCAGCGUUUUCUACCAGAAUAUCCCAUUAUUCGUAAGCAUCAUGAAAGAAGUUAGUUUAUUGUUGCUCCUAUUUCUAGGCGAGCAGAUGCUGUGUUGCCCCUUGCGAGGUCUUCCAAGGAACGGAGUGUACGCACGAGGAGAGAUCCCGAAGAAUGUCACUGCUGGCACGGAGGUAACGUACGCCUGCAAGAAGGGCUUCCAGAUGCUGGGCAGGAACCGUCGUGUGUGCUUGGCCAACGGCAGAUGGCAUCCUGAAGGCCUGCCUUACUGCGUCGCAGAUGUCGCGGCAACCAAGGCCGUGUAUUCAUCACAGCCGCGAAGCGACCCAAAGCUGGCGAUGGACGGGAACCGAACGACAUGCGGCGUUACGCUCAGUCAUUUGUCUCCUUGGUACAUGGUCGACCUUCGGCAAGCACUGCCCAUCAGCGUGGUGAAGCUCGACCUGCCACCUUCUUCCGUCGCGGUUUCGGUGAUGGUGCGCGUCGGUAACUCGUCCACGGCAUUCCAGAACUCGGUGUGUAACGUUUUCAAAGGAAAUGUGAAGCCCGGUCGUUCCCUGUACUUGCCCUGCGUCUCCGCAGACAGCGGCCGUUUCGUGAGCGUCCACAUCAACGAAUUCGGCUCGCUCUCCAUCUGUGAAAUUGCUGUGUAUUCCGAAAUAGUCGACGUUGAGGACUCGGAGGUUACCACCGUUCGCUCAUCUGACCCACCUAACGAGCCGCCCCGCCCCAGAGGCAGCGCGCUGGGACUGAAGGGACUGACUGGCAUAGGCCUCGGCGUAUUCGUGCUCCUUGCCCCUAUAUGUUGCUGCUGUUGGUGUCAGCGGUGCACUAAAUGUUGCUACAAGAAAGCUAGGAUCAACAGAGCUCUCACAGGCGUCGAGAACAACGUGUUCGUGUUGUGCGAACACCCUAUGUCUCACAUGUACGCAAAUUCGUGGAACGACCUUGGCCGCGAUGGCACUGUUCCUACGGGUGCGAAGGGUGCAACCGCGAAGUUGAAAGACGUUCGCGUGCUGUCUCCAGCAGACAGCUUCUCCGACGUCGACUUAAGCAGCCCGUAACCAGUGCAUCAAGUUCGCUGUGUGAUGCGUGACUGAAAGUGCAACUUUGUUGCCAGCUUUCGCUGGACUCACAAACUACGUUGCAUUCAUUUUAUUACCAUUUCUUCAUGGCAUUUUUGUGAGGUCAGGAGCAUAAACAGAGUGCUGCGGCAGAAGCUCAAUAUGUUACGUGUGACAGUUUUUAUCCAAGUUUUUAGCGUACACUCAUUUUGUUCAGCAUGCUUGAUUUUAUGCUUUGUUCCGUUUAGACGAUAGGGUAGCGCACGUAACGCUUUGCACGCUGUUACCACGAUGAGUUUUAAUCACUUUAUCUUGCUCUUUCGUCUUGUUGUGCCACACAACAAUGCAUCUUUGAAUAAAAUAUGGUGCUGA